AUGUAUAAUGAAUUAAGUUUGCUUGUAACUGCAUAUAAAAAGCAAUUAAAAAAUAAUUAUUAUGAUAAUGAUGAAUGGAAAAUUGUAGAUGAUAUAGUUGAAUUGUUAGAAUCUAUGCUUGUCAUAUCAAA